AUGGCCUCUGAGAUCCAUAUGCCAGACCCAGUGUGCCUCAUUGAGAACAUAAAUGGGAACCUGACAGCUAAUCAGGAAUCUUUGAAGAUCCUGUCUGCCAUUACACAACCUGUUGUGGUGGUGGCUAUUGUGGGCCUCUACCGCACGGGCAAAUCCUACCUGAUGAACAAUUAUGUGACUGAGCUAACAGAUCGAAUACGGUCAAAAUCCUCACCUGCUAAUAGUGAGGGUUGUGACUCAACUGACUUUGUGAGAUUCUUUCCAGACUUCGUGUGGACACUGAGAGAUUUCUCCCUGACACUAGAAGCAAAUGGAAAACCUAUCACUCCUGAUGAGUACUUGGAGAUUUCACUGAAGCUAAAACAAGGUACUGACCAAAAAGCUAAAAGCUUUAAUGAACCUCGAUUGUGCAUCCGGAAGUUCUUCCCCCAGAAGAAGUGCUUCAUCUUUGACCGACCCGCUCCAAGAAAGCACCUUAUUCGCCUGGAGCAGCUACAGGAGAAAGAACUGAGCCAGGAGUUUGUAGAACAAGUUGAAGAGUUCUGCUCCUAUAUCUUCAGCCAAUCCAAGGUCAAGACUCUUUCAGGUGGCAUCAUAGUCAACGGGCCUUGUCUGGAGAACCUAAUACUGACCUAUGUCAAUACCAUCAGCAGUGGAGAUUUACCCUGCAUGGAGAACGCAGUUCUGGCCUUGGCCCAGAUAGAGAACUCAGCUGCAGUACAAAAGGCCGUUGCCCACUAUGAUCAGCAGAUGGGCCUGAAGGUGCAGUUGCCCACAGAAACGUUGCAGGAACUUCUGGACCUGCACAGGGCCAUUGAGAGAGAGGCCAUUGAAGUCUUCAUGAAGAGCUCCUUCAAGGAUGUGGACCAAAAGUUCCAGAAGGAAUUAGGGGCCCAGUUACAAGCAAAGCGCGAUGAUUACUAUAAACAGAAUGCAAAAGCAUCCAAAGAAUGUUGUGAGACUUUACUUCAGGACAUUUUUAGUCCUCUUGAAGAAGAUGUGAAGCAGGGAAUAUUUUCUAAACCAGGAGGUUAUCGUCUCUUUAUUCAGAAGAAACAGGAGUUGAUGAAAAAGUACUAUAAGGUUCCCAGAAAGGGGAUACAGGCAGAAGAGACCCUGAUGAAGUACUUGGAAUCCAAAGAAGAUGUGGCUGGUGCACUUCUACAGACUGAUCAGUCACUCACAGAAAAGGAGAAAGAAAUUGAAGUGGAACGUGUUAAAGCAGAAUCUGCAGAGGCUGCAACCAAAAUGCUAGAGAAACUCCAAAAGAAGAAUCAGUUGAUGAUGGAACAGAAAGAUAAGAGCUAUCAGGAACAUGUGAGACAAUUGACAGAGAAGAUGCAAAGUGAUAGGGUUCAGCUAAUGGCAGAACAAGAGAAGAUCCUUGCUCUGAAACUUCAGGAACAGAAACUACUUCUUUUGGAGGGAUUUGAAAAAGAGAGCAAGAAACUUCUAAACGAGAUCCAAGAUAUCAAGAAUAGACCAGUAGAUAUAGUCUCAGGGUGUAUCAUACUCUGA